CAAGAAUUAGCUAAUAUUUUAAAUGGUCAACAAAAGAGGUGAUUCUAAGAUUAAAAAGAAAAAGAUCAGAAAGUCAAUUGGUGAUAACUUGAAAUCUGCAACAACUUCAAAAAAUAAUACAAAAAUGGUAAUAAUAGGCUCCAAAAGCACAGCUACUUUACUAAAUAGCUGUAAGAUCGGGCUUAAUAAUCCUCAAAAAUUGACUAAAGGGAAAUAAAAAGAAAGGGUCUGCCCGUAGAAAAUUAAACAAAGAAAAGAAUGAAGUUCAAUUUCAAACCAUUAAUGAACUAGACCGCCAUGAUUUAUAUCCAGAGGCAAGAAAUUUUUCGAAAGAGCGGAAUAAAUCAAAAGAUAAAUUAAGAAAUACUGCCAAUAAUACACCUAUAAUCAAUGAUGAAUCCAAGCUUCUAAAGACAGUUCGGCCGCCUAAAUCUCCUUCUGUACAUAACUACAUGCUUCCAUGUCAGAUUAAGAAGAAGGGUAAAAACUUGAAGAAGGAGAAACUGAUACACAACUUCCAUUUCAAUUUACAAAAAUCCCUAAAUAAAAAUCACUCCAAAGGGCCUUCUAUGACUAGGUCUCAGUCAGGACUUGAGAUGCAGCUAGAUCUAUUGAAAAAGAUUCAUCUAAAGAAAGAAGAGAAUAAAGCACAGCUACAAACCUCGAAUACUAUCUCAACUCCUUCGCUCAUCAAAUAAAUGCUUGGGCGAAGAGAAAAUCCACCAUAAUUCCAUUAAGAAAUUGAAUUUUAAAGAAAUUGACAAGAAAAGGAAAGGAAGCACACACAAAAUAGGAGACUUUGAGAUUUAUAACAAGUCUAAAGCUCAGAGAGACCUUGUCAAAUCCCGCUCAAGACUGUCCAAAGAAGACCAUAACGAACGUAGAAGUGUUGAUAUGAGGAAAUCUAAGGGCCAAGCUCGGAACCAUAAGCUAAAAAUUUCUUAUGAGGAAAGUAAAUUGCAUAAGGAUAAGCUAAGGAAUAGCAUUCUUUUCACCAAAAGUACCAGUCGACAGAAUCAUUCUAAAGAAAAAUAACCCUUCUAAUAUAAUGUAUAUCUCUGACAACAGAAGGGCUAGCUCUAAGACCAAAAUGAAAAGGAUAAAUAGUAGCAAACCGCUCAAGGUUUCCUUGAAGGAUCUUGACUGUGUUAAGAAAUUAAAGGAGAAGAUUGUAAAAUAAGAACAAGAAAGCAAGCAAACACCCAAAGAUGUAUAUAUCUGAUAGACCUGCUAAAAGUAAAAAGGCCAAGAAGAACCAUGCUACUCAGAAUUCUUCAAGGAAUUCUUUUAAUAAUUCACAUAAAGAGAUCAUGGAUAAGCAUAAAGCAGACUCUCAUCAUGAAAGUCUCUAUUUUGAGAGCUUGAAGAGAGAUUGUAGUAAGACUAAAGGCAAGGGCAUGAAGAAGAAAAAGAAGGUCAAAAGAGAGUCCCUUGACAAGAAACCUAUUGAAAGUUUGAAGUCAAAUUUAAUUCAAGCAUCUAAAUUUUCAACCUUUGAAAUUUCAAAAUGAGACCGAAACCGGGAAAUGAGGCUUGAAGAUCUUAACACAAAUGAUAUUCCUGUACUCGAGGAUUACAAUGAGGUUCAUGAAGAGCCCCAGCGUGAUCUCCUUAGCUCAGGAGAUGAUGUCUUAGUGGGAAGUGCAACUAAUCCAGCAUCAAGUGAUAGAAAUAUUGCAGAAACUACCGAAGAAACAACACCAAAAGCCAAGCAAGACGUGGAUGAAGUUGAUCCCAAUUACAUCGAAGUCCUCAGUAUGGAUUGAAAUAAAGAAAACAGGAGAAAUAUCCAAAAUGAACCAGAAAGAGUGGAAUAUGAAGAACCCAAAAUGGAACAAGAGAUUUCAAUGGUAAAAAGCAAGUAUGAAAAGAGUACAGAAAGUGACUAUUUUAAAGCCAUAACUCCAAUGAACGAAAGCAGGGGAGAAGAAUUGGAAGAAUUCAUUACCCCUGAGAUCAAUACCAGUCACCUCAAAAACCCAGAUGGAAAGAGCUACUUCCAAAAUUUGAUAGAUAUCCCUGAAGGAGGGAAAGAAGAGGAACAUAAUUUCGAAUCAGAAAACCCACUUAUUUGAGACGACGAACCAGAAUUACCUUCAGAUAGCUAUUUCAUUAUGAUAUUACCCGAAAAUGGUAGGAAUGGAGGAGAAUCAUCAGUUGAAACAGAUGAAGAAUCUUCUCGUGAAGUCUGAAGUUCAGAGUCUUCCAUUUGUAAGAAAAAGUAUUCUGCCACAACAGAGACUGUUAAAGGUAUGUUCUACGUUCAAGGAGAAGGUAGAAAGAAAUAUCGGAAAGCUAAGACUAAACCAUCUUCUGCAGAAUCAAUGAAAAUAUCUGAAAUCCGACUCCCUCUCAUUGUCUCUGGAAGUAUAGCUAAUGAUUGAAUACAAGAAGCUGGCUCUGAAGAAGAAGAAACAGAGAAAAUCCCGACUGAACAAUGAAGUAACGGGAGAGUUGAUUCUACUUAUGAUGACUAUGAGCUAGAGUAUUCAAUGCAGGAUACAAACCCUAACAUUACCAACUCCAAGUUGGAUGAAGCUCAGCAUUAAUUUAUAAUUAAACCAACUCGUGUAAGAAAAGGACUUAUUAUUAGCCGACUCCA